AUGUCACUGAAAGCGAAUGUUAACAGUAGCGGUGUGUCGCCUAGGAACAAGAAAGUUCUUAAGCGUAAGGUACACCAUAGAGAUGAUAAUGCAGCGGCAGGAAAUAAUAGUCAAUUCUUGAACCAUGCAUCACAUUUGAAGGCUACACAUAUGAACCAAAUGAGGAAGAGGAAAAGAGAUUUUUUUAAUAGGAUUAACUACAGUCAAACGCUUUCUGUGGUAGUCCUUCCUUUAUUCGCAUUGAUCUAUUUAUUCAAGUAUUCUCCAGGCGUGAUUCCUGAAAAUGCUCGUACAUUGACUUUUUCUUGUAUAUAUUUCAACUUCACUAUAUUGGCUUUCACUUCUGGGUACCAUAAAUGCUUUGCACACAAUGCGUUCCGGCCACUGUUCAAAUUUUUGCAGAUGUACUUUGCAUUUUUCGGGAGUAGUCUAGGGCUAGGGUCUAUUAAAUGGUGGGUUUCUUUACACAGAUCGCAUCAUCAGUUUACAGACGACACAGAAAGAGACCCGUAUCUGAUAAAACGAGGAUUUACGUGGGCACAAUGGGGCUGGUUAAUUAAAAAGCCAAAAAUUGUAACGUUUUACGAAGAGUUUAUGGAACAUGAGUUUCCCCAGGAGACACAGACCAAAAAGGAUCACCUUGAAGCUAAAAGGACUUUGGUUAACGAAGUUGAUUUUGAUGAAGAAUAUUGUGACGAUGAGCUAGAGAAUUUAAAGAAUGACUAUGAGAUUAGCGUCCACGAGCUCAUUUUAUGGCAAAAUAAGUAUUACUUUUUGUUUUUCCUAAUCUCCACAAUAAUCAUUCCUAUGUUGGUCACCGUCUUAAUAUGUAAGGACACAUGGAUAAACGGAAUAUUAUACCCUGGGAUUCUUAGAAUGUUUUUAUGUCAGCAACUGAUACUAAGUACCGAGUCUGUUUGUCAUAUGAAAGGAUUAGGUGUGUCUAUUCCUAUGCAACCAUUCAAUGAUAAGAACUCAUCACAGAACUGUAUGAAUCCUUUGGUAAGUUUUCUUUCCUAUGGCCAGGCGCUGCAAAACUUUCACCACGAAUUUCCCCAUGAUUAUCGCUGUGCGCCAUCGUUAUACGCAUUUGACCCUACUAAGUGGUGCAUAUGGACAUUGUCUAAGAUUGGUUUUGUAAGCGAACUUUGUACAACUCCAAAAGAUCUUAUCACUCAGUUAAGGAUACAGCAAAAACAGGAAGUAAUUAACAGAAUGAAGAGUCAGUUGAACUGGGGUACACCUAUUUCAAAGUUACCAUUAAUUAAACCAAAAGAAUUCAAGAAAAUCAGCGCUUCUGCAAGCCAUAACAACAGAAUUUACAUUGUCAUUCAAAACAUCAUACAUGAUAUAACUUCCUUCAUGGACCAACAUCCUGGAGGGGUUCCAUUAUUAAAAGCUUCACAUGGCAAGGAUGCAACUAAAGCAUUUUAUGGUGGUGUCUAUGGACAUCUGACAGCGGCUGCCAACUUAUUGGCUACUAUGAGAAUUGGAGUUCUUGAUGUCGGUAAUGAUGAAGAGGUCUGGAAGAGAGUUGUACGUGAAGAGGGCGAUGUUACUAAUGAAAAUGAAAGACAUGAGAAUAAGCUGUAUAGAACAGCAGAAGCAGCCUGA